ACAGAGAGCCACCUGCGCAGGCGCACGGCGGCCGAGGACCGGCCGGGCACACGCCGGAGAGCGGGCGGGCGGGCGCGCGCCAUGGAACAGCGGUUAGCCGAGUUCCGGGAGGCCCGCAAACGGGCCAGUCUGGUAGCCCAGCCCUCCACGUCGAGCCAGAGCGUGCAGACCUCAGGAGCGCAGGCGGAGCCAGCGGCGGCGACCCCAAAGACAGCCGCGGGCUGGCUGACUCGCUUCCUGACGUGGAAAGAAAGCCCCGCCGUAGCUCGGGCUCAGCCCAACCAGCCUCAGGAAGCAGGCCAGCAGCUCCCCGAGAGCACAGCGGUCCCUCUGCCUUCCUCCUGCCGCCAGUCUUUCCUGACUAACAUCACCUUCUUGAAGGUUCUCCUCUGGUUGGUCCUGCUGGGUCUGUUUGUGGAACUGGAGUUUGGCCUGGCUUAUUUUGUUCUGUCCAUGUUCUAUUGGAUGUACGUAGGGACUCGGGGUCCCGAGGAGAAGAAAGAAGGGGAAAAGAGUGCCUACUCUGUGUUCAACCCGGGCUGUGAAGCCAUCCAGGGCACUCUGACUGCUGAGCAGCUGGAGCAAGAAUUACAGCUCAGACCCCCCCAGGGGAGGUAGGAGUGGCCCCAGCUGGUCCUCCUAUCCUUGAGCAUGGACUUUAGAGGACAAAGGACAGCUUUCAGGGUGGUCACAGUCUCCAUGUUGGCCCGAUCUGCUGCAGUUUCAACUUUGAACUCCUCUUUGAUUUAUCUGAAUUUUUCUAAAGGACACUCAGGGUGAGGCUGAGCAGUAUAUAAAAGCCACAUAAGGAGGCUGGUCUGUCUCAUGCCAUCCUGGCAUGCUGGGGAUGCACUGUGAGGGUCUCGGGUUACUGAGUGAUUCGGUGGGUGAGUGGGCACAUUGGGGCUCCUUUUAAAUGUUUUAAUAUUUACAUAGCUAAGUUCCAGGCCAGGGAAACUGGUCUGUCCCCCACCUCGACUAUGUGAAUGUUUUGUUCAAAUGUAUAUGAAUAUACUAUGUGUGUGCCUGGUACCCUCAGAGCUCCAAAGAGAGCAUCAGAUCCUCUGGGACUUGAGUUAUGGAUGUUUGUAAGCCACUGUAUGAGUGCUGGGAACUGAACCUCAGUCUUCUGUGAGAGCAUCAAAUGCUCAUUACCACCGAGCCAUCUCUCUAGCCUUCAAAAAUAAAAAUAAAAAUAAAAAUAAAAAUAAAAAGUACUUUCAGAAUUAUUUUCUCAAAAGGUUUAGGUUGUAAGGUUUAGGAAGUUGUGUUUUUGUCUUGUUUCUCCUCUUUUCCAUCAUCAAUGCUAUUGAAAUAUAAAAUGUCUUUAAGAUUCUUUCUAUAAGCAGGUCCCCAUACACUACCUGUGACCAUCUUUUAUUUUCCCCUUAACCCUGUCCCUCCUUAGGCAAGAAACCUAAGAGAAGAGAAAAAGUCUCAACAGGACAAAAUCACUAUUAGAGAUCAAAAAUAUUUAUUUUAUUUGUAUGAAUGUUUGUCCACGUAUAUGUGUGUACCACAUGCCUAAGGGUGUCAGAUCCCCUGGAAUUGGAGUUAUGCAUGGUUGUGAGCUGCCUUAUGGAUUCUGAGAACUGGCUCAUCUGCAAGAGGAGCUUGCUCUUGACUGCUGAGCCAUCUUCCCAGCCCCAAUAUUAGAAAUUUGAUAAGAGGUUAUUUAUGAUCAGUACAUCAAGAGAAAUUCUUGAGUGUGUGCAGAGGGAAGGGCUAGGAGGUAGGACUCUAGUUGUACUGCUUGGGUUGUGUCACACUUUCUUUUAUGUAUUUUUGAAAGGGUCUCCUGUAGCUCAGGCUGGUCUUAAACUCACUUCGUAAUUCUGGGUUACAUUUUGGGGACCAAACCUGGGCCUUUAGGUGAGCACUCGGUCAGUGGAGUACACUCCUGGCCCUUGCUUUUCAUGUUCCGAGUGCCGUAGAGUCUGUAUGUUUCUGUCUCUGGCCUCUAGUUAGCAGUGUGUAGACAGCAGCUGUUGGACCUGGUUUGAGUGUUGUUUCUUCUUCCAGUACAAUGGUGGAGUUUAGGUUCUUUGGAAUUGGGCCACACAUACUUUUUCUGUGAGUCAUUCUGAUGAAUAAAAAGAUUAAUUUUUGCUCAAACUUAAGGUUUUAAAAAGUUAUUGGUUCCUUCAGUGAUUUUUCACUUUCAGAGUUAAAUUAUAAUCCUUACAUUAUGAAGGUAACUUUGUAUCUCUCUCUCUGUGUGUGUAUGUGCGAAUAUGUAUGUGCUGGUGUCCACAGAUGCCAGAAGAUCUAGAGAUUACAGGCUGUUGUAAGUCACCCAAUGGGGAUACUGAGAACAGAACUUGGAUCUUCUCCUAACUACUGAGCCGUCAACCCAGAUCCUGAAGUGUUAUUACCCUCCUAGGUACUUGGACAUGAUCGGAAACAUGCAGACAGACCUCUUCCCAAAAGGUGUGUGUACUGGCUUUGUAUUCUAGGAAAAGUGAGAUGUGAGCCAGAUGCGUGCCUGGCAGGGAGGAGAAGCAAGGAGUGUGUAUUUGCUGUUCUUGUCAGACCGUUAAGAUUUAUUUUGACAGUCUUGAUUUUCUGAACUUAGACCUGUUGACCUCAGAAUUUUCACUUCUAGUAGCCCCGAAUGAGACUGCCAUUAUGGGCAGUUCAGUCGUCAAAGAAAGAGACACAGUCUUUGUAGUUGCAUGUGGGAAUGUCAUUUCUGUCACCUUCAGCGUCUUACAGGCACAUUGUUUUUGCUCUUGUCUGGCCAUUGGCAGGGCCACAUUUAUUCCUAAGUAAAGAUGGCUUGUUUCUGUUGACCCCAAAGAAGAAUCCAGUUACAGGGCUCAGGGACUUUUUAAAGAAUUUGUUACCUGGGAGAACUUAGCCACUCUGCCUGCCAUGAAGGCUCAUUCCUUCUCACUCCAAUCUCAAGGCCCCUGGGAGCCCUGGGUGAUUGUCCUGCAGGCUGGCGGGCCAUUGAGUCCUCUCCCCAGGCUAAGUCAUGGCAAUGGUACCCCAGGAGCAAGGUCACUUUCAGCCAGUGCCAGCCAUUUCUGAGGGCUUCAGGUUGGGGAGUUUUUACCAAUGGUGAUUUUACGCUACUAGGACUGUGCAUUGAGCAUGGGAGGCUUCCAUCCCCUUUUGCCUUCUGGUUGAUUUGCACAGCUAGAUUAGGCAACUGGGCCUGCUGCAGAAAGUUCCACAGUUGGGAGAACCAGCCAUCCUCAUUUGGGCAGAAGCAAGCAAAAUGAGAACAAUGUGUUACAUUCCUGACACUCCAGUAACUAUUUGAGGGUUCUCUGGUUUUGACAUAAUGAGCCUCUGUGUAUCAGAAGUGGAGAAGAGCCAUUGAAUAGAUAGAGGGCUGGAGCAGAAUUCCAUGGAGCAUGUUGCCACCAAGGGGCAGUAUGGAGCUGCUGCAGCCUGCUCUGCAUCUCUCCCCUCACACUUGAUAUUUUAAGAGGAAACCUCUGCACUGCUUCUUGGGACCACUUAUGCUGGUCUGUUUUGUUUUUCAUUUCAAGAUUCAUAAAAUAAAGGCCUCCUCGCUGGUCGCAGAAAAGACUCUGAAAGCCCUCAGCAGUGAUUUAUUAUAUACGUAUUUUAAGAUAAAGUGGCCCCUCCCUAGGGCUAGCAGGCAGUCUUGUAGUUCCCUGUCUACUUCUGAGCUUCAAGGGUGCCCAGGCACAAUGGCUAGGAACUUAAAUAGCUAACAAAAAUUGGUCAUCAAACUAAAGAAGGUAAAGAUUUGAACUCAAGGCUUUAGUUUCUGUUGUGUUUUUAUUUUGAAACAGCAUUUAGGCCAAAGAUUUAUAGAUCCUGUUCUCAAAAAGCUGAGUGCACAGAGAACCAGGUCAUAUAGGGGACAGGUAUUUUGGGGGAGGUGUCUCAGAGACAGAACUCACUCUCUC